GCGACUUCCGGCAAUAUUCUCGGGUGCGACGCAGUCGGUGCGCACUGAGGCUGUCGCGUCGGGUGAGGCCAGGAGAACUAUGCCAUUUCUGGGUCAGGACUGGAGAUCCCCUGGGUGGAGUUGGAUUAAAACUGAAGAUGGCUGGAAGAGAUGCGAGUCCUGCAAUCCGGAGCUGGGAAGAGAAAGCAGCCAGUGUAGUCUCAGCCAUGACGUUAUGUUAAAUAGUGAAGAUGAAGAGAUAUUCAAUAAUGAAGAAUGUGAAUAUGCGUCCAAAAAAAGGAAAAAGGACCAUUUCAGAAAUGACACAAAUACUCAAAGUUUUUAUCGUGAAAAAUGGAUCUAUGUCCAUAAAGAAAGCACAAAAGAAAGGCACGGCUACUGCACUCUAGGGGAGGCGUUCAACCGCCUGGACUUCUCCAGUGCCAUCCAGGAUAUCCGGAGGUUUACAUACGUGGUCAAACUAUUGCAGCUGAUUGCAAAAUCCCAGUUAACUUCGUUGAGUGGUGUUGCACAGAAGAAUUACUUCAACAUUCUGGAUAAAAUUGUUCAGAAGGUGCUCUGUGACCACCAGAACCCUCGCCUAAUCAAGAACCUCCUGCAGGACCUGAGCUCCACCCUCUGCACCCUUAUUAGAGGGGUAGGGAAGUCAGUGUUGGUGGGCAACAUCAACAUUUGGAUUUGCCGUUUAGAAACUGUCCUUAACUGGCAACAACAACUACAGAACCUUCAGAUGACGAAGCAGGUGAAUGAUGGCCUCACCCUCAGCGACCUGCCAUUACACACGCUGAGCAACAUCCUCCAUCGCUUCUCAGACGGGUGGGAUGUCGUCACCCUGGGCCAGGUGACGCCCACCCUGUACGUGCUCAGCGAGGACAGGCAACUGUGGAAGAAGCUGUGUCAGUACCAUUUUGCUGAAAAGCAGUUUUGUAGACAUUUGAUUCUUUCAGAAAAAGGACAUGUAGAAUGGAAGUUGAUGUAUUUCACACUUCAGAAGUAUUACCCAACCAAGGAGCAGUAUGGAGACACCUUGCAUUUUUGCCGGCACUGCAGCAUCCUCUUCUGGAAGGACUCAGGUCACCCCUGCACUGCGGCUGACCCCGACAGCUGCUUCACGCCCGUGUCCCCACAGCACUUCAUCGAUCUCUUCAAAUUCUAAAGGCAGCCCUCACCCUGCUGUGGCCGUCAGAUGUGAACACCGCGCAUUCUGUGCUUACUUGGUGGAAAGUGUUCUCGUGACCAAAAGCCAUGAUGGUUCUGCUACUGGCAGUAUCUGGAGGCCCACACUUCUGGAAAGAACUGGAAAGAACAUGAAAAACUGCCACUCUGGGCUGUGCGGCAGGAAUGAUUGUUGUACAUUUCUGUCUUUGAAGGAGUCAGGAGACCCAAGAAAAUCAUUUCUGUUCUUCCUUUUAAACUUCUUUUCUUCUAAGCAUCUUAAAAUUUGCAAUUUUGUAUAUUUAUAAAUCAGAUCAAAAAAGAUUUUUGGUUUUAAACUCUACAUUCUGUGCUAAAUAGAUACGAAUGACCAAGAAUAUGCUUCUGGGGUGUCAGGUGACAGUUCUCCAUGGACAUCUUCCACCCCACAGGGGAAGAGGGGAGAACACUGAUCCUUGUAAAUACAUUAUAAGAAAAAUAAAUAAUCACACACAGUUACUUUCA